ACCCCGGGCUGCCCAUCUGAUGCCCCCUUGCGCCCGGCCCCAGGCCAGGCCAGGCCUGCUCCUGGCACCGGAGCCCAUGUCCGCCACAGGACAUGACCAAGCUCCCCUGCCAGGGGCUAAAUCUGGGAGCUGGCCUGCCACUCGGCCCUGCCACUUGGCCUCCGGCACCUGUCGGGAGGCCCCUUCCCUUCCUGAGCUACAGGGACCCACAGCCAUGUCCCACCGGAAGUUCUCCGCCCCUCGGCAUGGACACCUGGGCUUCCUGCCCCACAAGAGGAGCCACCGGCACCGGGGCAAGGUGAAGACUUGGCCCCGGGACGACCCCAGCCGGCCGGUGCACCUCACGGCUUUCCUGGGCUACAAGGCGGGCAUGACGCACACCGUCCGAGAGGUGCACAGGCCCGGGCUCAAAAUUUCCAAGCGGGAGGAAGUGGAGGCAGUGACCAUCGUGGAGACGCCGCCUCUGGUGGUGGUAGGUGUGGUCGGCUACAUAGCUACCCCUCGAGGCCUUCGGAGCUUCAAGACCAUCUUUGCAGAGCACCUUAGUGACGAGUGCCGUCGCCGUUUCUACAAGGACUGGCACAAGAGCAAGCAGAAAGCCUUCACCAAGGCCUGCAAGAGGUGGCGGGACGCCGAUGGCAAGAAGCAGCUGCAGAAGGACUUUGCCGCCAUGAAGAAGUACUGCAAGGUCAUCCGUGUCAUUGUCCACACUCAGAUGAAGCUGCUGCCUUUCCGGCAGAAGAAGGCCCACAUCAUGGAGAUCCAGCUGAAUGGCGGCACAGUGGCUGAGAAGGUGGCCUGGGCCCAGGCCCGGCUAGAGAAGCAGGUCCCAGUGCACAGUGUGUUCAGCCAGAGUGAGGUCAUUGAUGUCAUUGCUGUCACCAAGGGCCGUGGUGUCAAAGGGGUCACGAGCCGUUGGCACACCAAAAAACUGCCGCGGAAGACCCACAAGGGGCUGCGCAAGGUGGCCUGCAUCGGCGCCUGGCACCCUGCCCGUGUGGGCUGCUCCAUUGCUCGGGCCGGGCAGAAAGGCUACCACCACCGCACAGAGCUCAACAAGAAGAUCUACCGUAUUGGCCGGGGGCUGCACAAGGAGGAUGGGAAGGUGGUCAGGAACAAUGCGUCCACCAGCUACGACGUGACGGACAAGUCCAUUACACCACUGGGCGGCUUCCCGCACUAUGGGGAGGUCAACAACGACUUCGUCAUGCUGAAGGGUUGCAUUGCUGGCACCAAGAAGCGGGUCAUCACGCUGAGGAAGCCGCCGAGCCCUGGAGAACAUCGAACUCAAGUUCAUCGACACCACCUCCAAGUUUGGCCACGGCCGCUUCCAGACCGCCCAAGAGAAGAGGGUCUUCAUGGUGUCUAUGUGUGUGCCAAGUGUGGCUACGAGCUCUUCUCCAGCCGCUCGAAGUACGCGCACUCAUCCCCAUGGCCUGCCUUCACUGAGACCAUUCACACCGAUAGCGUGGCCAAGCGUCCAGAGCGCAAGUCUCCUGACGCCCUAAAGGUGUCCUGUGGCAGGUGUGGGAACGGGCUAGGCCAUGAGUUCCUGAAUGAUGGCCCCAAGCCGGGGCAGUCCCGCUUCUGAAUAUUUAGCAGCUCGCUGAAGUUCAUCCCGAAAGGCAAAGGAACUUCUGGCUCUCAGGAACCGUAGGCACACAGCACAUACCCAUUCCGGCUGGACACUGCCCUGUGGUCACGCUCUGGCCAUCCCACCUUGGGAUUGGAACCCCAGACGUUCAGACAGGGGAGGGGGCUGGCUGAAGCCUCAGGAGGUCUUGGCCCUGUGCAGGUUGUCUUUGGGAAGAGCACUGGGCUGCCAUGGUGGCCCUAGCCUGCUGCUGGGCUGGGCUGGAGGACCCCGCUGUGGGCCCGCCCUAGCCUCCUACUCAUACGGGAGUCUCAGAGAGGUGGGCUCUAAGCCUAGCUUGCCCUUGAAUGACGGCACACCCCACCUUCUCUUCUCCGCAGCCCAUUGCCCUCUCCCUGCCUGUCUGGACUCACCUCUGUGGGACCCAAUUCUGAGAUGGGCUCUGGCUCUCGCCAAAGCUCACGUCCCUCUCCCCCAGGCAGGGAGACGGAAUGCAGAGGGAGGCGGCCCUUGCCAGCUGCCCCAACUCCGGUCACUACAUGAUUCACUCUGGUUAAACCCUUCCAGGCAGCCAGAGUGGUGAUGAUCCGUGACCUGCUGGGGAGUGGGCCCAGGGGACGGACCUCUGUCUUCUCAGUUUUAAGAGAAGUCCCCCACCCCGUUCUGCAUCCGGGUGGGUGCCCCUUGCCUCACUCCGUCUUAGGAAAGUGGCUGUUGCCCCAUUACCUUGAUUGUGCAAGGCUAGGGCCGGGAGCUCGGAGCCUGGGGCUCACGCUUCCCCACAAAGCCGUGGCUUCUUGCACACGUCCGGGAGGGUCCGUGAUGCCAAAGGCUGUCCCGUCUGAGCUCCCCCUGGGGCCGUCCAGGAUCAAUAAACAAAUGGACCUG